AUGCGAUUCCCAAUUAUUUCAUCAGGUUCUAAACUCCCCAUUUGGUUUUCUAAUAUCAAAGAGCUACCUUCUAGUGGCAAAUGGCGAGAGGUAUUGUACAACUACAAUGACAUAAAACGAGCAGGUGUUCAGCUGACAGACUCUUCAAUAUUCCCUCCCAUUCUCAAAGCUUGUAUAGCUCUCUCCUUCAGAAGUGGAAAAUCUGUCCAUGCAUCCCUUGUUAAGCAGGGUUUUGAAUCAUACCCCACUGUGCAAAAUUCCAUAAUGGAUUUUUAUGCAAAAUCUGGUGCCUUGAGCUCUGCAGUGGGUGUUUUUGACUGCAUGAAGAAAAAAGAUUCAGUUUCAUGGAAUAUAAUCAUUCAUGGGCACCUUCAUCUAGGUGCAUCCAACGAAGGAUUGAGGUUGUUUAUCCAGGGUAGGGAGGUUGGAUUUGAACCUAAUAUCUCUACAAUUGUGCUUGUUAUUCAGGCAUAUCAUAGACUUCAAGCUUUUGACGAUGGAUUGAAAUUUCAUGGUUAUCUGAUUCAAAGCGGGUUUUGGAGCCUGACUUCAGUACAGAAUUCUAUUUUGAGUAUGUAUGUAGACAUUGGAAUGGUGUUUGCAAGAAAGCUUUUUGAUGAAGUGCAUGAUAAAGAUGUGAUUUCUUGGACUGUGAUGAUUGGAGGAUAUACACAAAGUGAUGAAAGUUUGUUUGCUUUAGAGUUGUUUAAACAGAUGGUAUCAGAGUCUGGAAUUAAAAUGGACGGACAAAUAAUGGUAGGCGUGCUUAAAGCAUAUGCUAAUUUAGGCAAAAUUAGAAUGGCAAAAUUAGUUCACGGCUUCAUUGUCUCAAGAAAUUUAGACUAUGAUCUGUUUGUUGGAAAUUCUUUGAUCGAUUUGUAUUGCAAGUGCAGUGAUAUUGAUUCUGCCUUUAGAGCAUUCAGUGAGAUGCCUCAGAAAAAUAUCGUGUCAUGGAAUACUCUGUUAUCUGGAUUUGUGCGUAAUCAGAAGUAUUCAGAAGCACUUAUGGUUUUUCAUUUGAUGGGAAACGAAGGAGUUGAUUCAGAUGAGGUGACUAUAGUUAAUCUACUUCAAAUAUGCAAGUAUUUAGUGCAUCUGCAUCAAUGCCAGUUGAUUCACUCUAGAAUACUUCGGAAAGGAUUUGAAUCUAAUGAGUUGGUUAUAAAUUCUUUAAUUGAUGCAUAUGCAAAAUGUGAUCGAAUUAUUUAUGCAUGGAGGCAAUUCUGCCAAAUAAAGAGGCGAGAUGCAGUUACCUGGAGCACAAUGAUCUCAGGGUUCACUAACUGUGGCAUGCCUGAUGAAGCAAUUGCUGUUUACCGAGAGAUGCGUCUUUCAGAAGAAAACCCAAACCAUGUUACCCUGAUAAACCUGCUUGAGGCUUGUGCACUUUCCUCUGAACUUAGAAGAUCAAAGUGGGCUCAUGGAAUUGCUAUUCGCAUGGGCUUGGCAUCAAAUGUGGCAAUCACAAUUCUCUUUACACGUGAGAAAGAAAAUUUGAACCAGCAUAGAGUUCUCUGUGUAGAAGAGCAGAAGUUGAGGUUUGACGUGGAAUCAAAUACGCUCAAAGCUAUAGUGGUUCCUCCCUGCAUGUGUGACGUCCUAAUGAUUCCGGGAGUAAACACAAGAGUGUCAACUUCAACUCUUCCCAAUAUUGAUUGGCAUUCUAUUAAAUAG